AGCUGAUUUUGAAGUUUUAGUUUAUUUGACAUUGACACGUGAAAAACCACUGAAAAAACACCAAAAUUAACUUCUGAAAAAAUUGUUUUUUGGUAUAUCUGUAAUUAAAGUUAGCAGAAUACUGGCAAGAAUGGCCAAACCGCGAUCUUGUGAUACAUUUGUGGUACUUCCACCAUUAACACAACAUGGAGUGGUUUUCGGGAAGAAUUCUGAUAGACCGCAAGGUGAAAUUCAAGAAGUUAUUUACAUACCAGCAACUGAAAAAUCAGGCCCUACAAAGUGUACUUACAUAGAAAUUGAACCUGUUGAUGUAACAAAAGCAGUUAUACUGAGUAAACCAAAUUGGAUGUGGGGUGCUGAAAUGGGUGCAAAUGAAUGUGGAGUUGUUAUUGGAAAUGAAGCAAUCUGGACCAAUGAUAUGGAUGGAGAUAAUAAUCCUAAUGUUAAAAGACUUCUUGGAAUGGAUUUAGUUCGGCUAGGUUUAGAGAGAAGCUGCAGUGCAGUAGAAGCCUUAGACGUUAUUACCGAUCUUCUAGAAAAAUAUGGCCAAGGAGGCCCCUGUUCUAAAACUGAUAAUUCGUUUGCCUAUUUUAAUUCAUUUUUAAUUGCCGACCCUGCUUGUGCUUGGGUUUUAGAAACUUGUGGAAAGCAUUGGGUAGCUGAGAAAAUAACCAGUGGAUUUAGAAAUAUCUCAAAUAUUCUAACUAUUACAACAAAGAUAGACCGUAAAUCUAAAGGAAUAGAAGAGUAUGCUAAAUCAAAAAAUCUUUGGGAUGGCGCUGGUGAAUUUAAUUUUUGCGAAAUAUUUUCUGGUGAAAAAAAACCUGGCGAUAUUCGCUACUUGAAAGGUAAAGCAUUAUUAGAGAAGUACGCCUGUUCUAACGGUUUUCGAGAAACGGAUAUGUUUAAAGUACUUCGCGAUAAGGAAUCUGGAAUUUGUCGCGACUGUGACGAUGCCUUCCCUACAGCUGGAAGUCAAGUGUCGACUUUAAGCUCAACAAGACCCAGUGUACACUGGUUUACCGCUACUCCUGAUCCAUCAAGAUCUGUAUUUAAACCGUUUAUUUUUACUAAAAACGUUAAAAUUUCUAAACAUACCAUCUGCCCAGAUAAAAAUUCCCCUCACAUGCUGUAUACUUUGUAUAAAGACGCUGAAUACAAGGGAGUCCAAGACUUGCUUCACGGCAUGGAGUCAGAUUGUGUAAAAGAAUUAGACCAAGUAAUAUCGACUGUAGGAGAGGAUCUAUCUGAAUUUGAUGAAUUACUGAAAGAUUGUGUUGAAACUGAAGUUAAAUUUUACCGUUAAACACUAGGUAAACUCUAAAAACAAAAAUCGAAAAGUCCAGACAAUGUAAGCAAAGUGAUAUUUCUAUUUUAAGCAAUGGGCUUUAAGAUCUAAAUUAUUAAGGUUGCUGUUUUGCUUCAUAGGCCUUCAAAUAGAUAUACAGGGGGCGAUAUUAAGUUUUUGCAUGUUUUCUACUGGUAAAGCUGGGAAUAAGUAACAGUAAUCUUAUGUGAAAAAAAUAGUAUUACAAGAGGAGUAACCGAAAAAAAUAAUUUAGAGUUAUUAUUUCCAAAAAUGUUCCCUAUUGUAUGACUGAUGUUGUGUAGUUGUUCUAUUGACUUAAAAGAAUACAUGUAUGCUCAAA